AUGGAAAGUUUGAAUUUCGCUGACCUCCUCCUUUCCCUCUUUGCAAUAAAGGAAACACAAGAUCGAACGGAACUUCCUGAACCCACACCCCCAGGUAAAAUCACCCACCACGCAUCCAACAUUUUGAAACAAUCCAAGCAGCCGGAUGUAUCUACUACCCAGCCAACUUCAGUCCGAGAAGCCAAAUCAAACCAAUCCGAUGACAAAGGACUGGAAGAAGAUGCUCACCACGAUAAUAUCAUUAAAAAUACCAAAAGAAACUCGAUAUCAUCUCAAUUGGUUCCUGAAGAUCAAUCCACUUUGACCAUCAACAUUCAAAAGCAAUUGACUUCACCUAUCAAGGCUAACACCUCCAAAAUAACCAAAUCAAAACCUAUGCACGAUCAAGGAGGCUCCCGUGACUCACAGCCCUCUCUGAGUCCCAUAACCACAAGAGCUCAAACGCAAGCUCAAAUGGCAACACGAAAAUCGAGUAGAAGAAUCCACCCCACCAAUGAAGAACAACCAAAAUCUAAGAAACAGCGUACCAUUACCAGUGCGAAGAACACAUUGAAAAAGGCUGGUUCGAAAUCACAAAAUCUCACGAAGAAAGCAUCGACCAAUCCAGGGAAAGCCAAACCGCUCUUUUAG